AUGUAUGGAUUAAUAUUAGAAAACAUACAUCAAUAUACGUGCAACAAAUAUGGCACUGAUGUCUGGGAUGAAAUUAGACGACUGGCCAACAUCAAGGAACCGACGUUUUCCAUACAUAAAAUAUAUCCCGAAACAUAUGUACCACGAAUUACUGCUCACGCUAUGCAGGUAUUGGGAAUAACUGAAAGAGAAUAUCUCUAUAACAUUGGUAUCUCAUUUGUAUCAAUGGUUGGCGCUUAUGGUUAUGACAAAGUAUUAUCAGUAUUGGGCCGACACUUUAGGGAUUUUCUCAAUGGUUUGGAUAACUUACACGAAUACUUACGGUUCAGUUAUCCUAAACUAAAGCCUCCGUCAUAUUUUGUGAACAACGAGACUGAUAAAGGAAUGACACUUCACUACCGAUCCAAACGACAGUACUUUCUAUGGUAUACUAUCGGCCAGAUUGAAGAAGUUGGCCGUCAUUUCUAUCAGACAAAUGUCACCACAGAUAUUGUUACCGAAAGCUAUGAAAAUAAUGAAUAUUAUUAUGUAUUACAACUUUCGUUUGAUAACAAAGGAUACAAUGAUUGGCAACUGGUGUCCAACAGUAGGGUUGACACCCAGUCCUCUAUAUCGCAGUUACCAUUAAGGGCUAACACUUUGCUCCAGAUAUUCCCGUUUUGUAUUGUCUUUAAUAUUAAUCUAACCAUAAAAGCGGUCGGAGGUUGCCUUCAAGUUGUUUUACCCAAUCUUGUAGGCAAUGAAUUGCCUAAAGUUUUUAAAAUUUUAAAACCAAAGGUUGGCUAUAAUUGGUUUUCUAUAUCGGGUCAUUUGAACACAACCUUUGAAUUGGCGUCAAUUCAACCCUUAAAAAGGGAUACAUCUAAACAUAAUUUAGAUUUUAAAUGCGAUAUAAACUCGAGUGAAGAUAAUACCAAUGAUAGCAUUGAUAGCAAUGAAUGUCAUGAAUACUUGCUUAAACUUAAAGGCCAAAUGUUAUAUAUGGAAGAGUGGAAAUGUAUGAUCUAUUUGGCGGCACCCAAUAUUGCAGACAUGGAUGCCCUAACUCGUACCGGACUUUAUUUAAAUGAUUUGAGUUUACAUGACUUUAGUCGUGAUAUGGUAUUGGCCGGACAGCAACAAACAGCUGAACUUAAGUUGGCUUUAGAUCAAGAAUUGCAUAAAAGUAAACAAUUAGAGGUAUCAAUGGUUAAAUUGGAUGAAGAAAUGAAACGAACCGAUGAAUUACUUUAUCAAAUGAUCCCCAAAAAGAUUGCCGUUAGACUACGUAAAGGGGAGAAUCCAAUUGAUACGUGUCAGUACUUUUCAUGUGUGACAAUACUAUUCUCGGAUAUCGUUAACUUUACGGUCAUAUGUAGUCGCAUAACACCCAUGCAAGUGGUCUCUAUGCUUAACUCAAUGUAUAGUAUGUUUGAUGAGCUAACUGUCCGACACUGUGUCUAUAAGGUCGAAACAAUAGGUGACGCAUACAUGAUAUGCAGUGGCGGCGGGAUUCACGACUGUCAGGACGACAGUGUGAAUCACGCGAACAAAGUGUGCCAAAUAGCCAUUGAUAUGAUAAGAGUGACGUUCACACUGCCCGACCCCUCCGGUGACAAUAAUCUUAAAAUCAGAAUCGGCAUUCAUACAGUAGUAGGAGGUAUAGUUGGUCAAAAAAUGCCCAGAUAUUGUUUAUUUGGUGAUACGGUCAAUACGGCCAGUCGUAUAGAGAGCUCGAGUGCGGCUCAAAUGAUUCAGAUCAGCGAAAAAACAAAAGCAAUGUUAGACCCAAACGAAUGGGAUAUUUAUGAAAGAGGAACCAUACCAUUGAAGGGAAAGGGAUUUAUGCAGACCUAUUGGCUAUACGGAAGACAUUCUAGAGAUCAGUUGUCAGAUAACAGCGACAACAAUGAUAGAGCAGUUGAUAAUAAAAUGCUGAUUCAAAAGGUAUCGCCGUUUAAUACAAUUGUAAGCAGCGGUCAAAUUAAUGUCAGCAAUGAUUGUAAAAAUUUAAACAACGAUCAAUUGAAUUGCUUUUUAAAUGUUAAUUAUGAUAAACUACUACAACAACAGUCAGUAUGUGAUCUCAUAAAUAGUGACAAUAAAUCUAAAGACAUUGUCGACAACAAAAAUGCUGAGAAAAGUCUGUCAUUGGUCUCUAGUAUUGAAGGACAACAUAACACUAAACAACACCACCGGGCAAUAGAUAGGGUUAAUAGAGAUAAUAAUAAUACUAUAAUUAAGAAUUCAUGGAUUUCUAAUACGGGAGAACACGUGGAUAGUAGUAGUGAAAGUCAACAAAUUAAGGGAAAGGGAUGCUUUAGGUUAAGCUCCUCUAAGCAUAAGUCUAAUAAUGUUAACAACACUACUGGUUCAACAAGAAGGACACUGUCUUGUAUUAUCAUUUAA